AACAACAUAUCAAGUCAAAUAUCCAACAAAGAUAGUUUAUCGCCUUCCCUCAAAGCCCUGGUUCACAGCAUUUGGUCAGACGCAAUUGGCGAGCUAACAUCUUUGCUGAGCGUCUCUGUUGAACGACUUAAACUCCAGGAUAUCGGCAAAGCCGAGGGAAUUUUACAAGCUAUACGUGAAAUAUCAGACAAAAAAAGGCACUCGCAAGAAAAUUUGAAGAAAUAUUCAGAUGAGUUUUACUCGCUUAUUCCACACAACGAAAAAAACACGAAAGAAAUAAAUACAAAGCGAGUUAUUGCUGAAAAACAAGAUCUUUGUCAGGUAUGUUAUGAUUGGCUUGACUGUAGCAGAAGCUUUCUGAUUGGUCAGGGGAACAAUGCGAUGAGUUUCUAAGCCAAUCAAAUGAUUUGAGUCGUAAGGCGGGAAAGUUUACGUCAAUUUAGUUUUUUUUUCAGUUUUUGCUGUUAUUUUAGUGAAUUUCUGUAGUAAUUUAUAGUAAACGUUCAUGAAUUUGGAAUUGAAAACACUUGCCGUUAUAAAACAAAUGGAUGAGAAAUCUUCCUUAUUUUGUUUUUAAUCUUUAGUUAAUCAAAGAUAUGUUAAACGUCAGCGAGGCGACAAAUUUCUCUUCACGAAGUAGCGACGAAGCCAAGUACAAAGCGUUGGGUUGUCAUCUUGAAAAAGUUUCCGAAUCGUCCGACGAAUAUAUGAAUAUUGUCAACAGAGUUCAGUCAACGUCAGUGAGGUAGACAAUUGUUUGUUAUUCAUUUAGGUUUACUUCUGCAAUAACACUGGAUCAAUAAGAGAUCAUCUUUACUGGACAUCUAGGAAGAACAGUUUAGAACUUAUAGAGCUAUCCAGUAUAAAUAAAGUUAGUUUAGUUUAGGUUUCCUCCUGUAGUAACAUUGGAUCAAUAAGAGAUUAUCCUUACUGGAACUCUAGGAAGAACAGUUUAGAACUGAUAGAGCUAUCCAUUAUAAAUAAAAUUAGUUUAGUUUAGGUUUCCUCCUGUAGUAUUUAAACACUGGGUCAAUAAGAGAUAAUCCUUACUGGACCUAGGAAGAACAGUUUAGAACUGAUAGAUCUAUCCAGUAUAAAUAAAGUUAGUUUAGUUUAGGUUUCCUCCUGUAGUAGCACUGGAUCAAUAACUGUAUUACCCACACUCGCGUCGUAUUUUUUCUAGUGAUAUCAAAGUCCAGAAUGUCUUCACUUGUCAACGUCCUGUCGAAGCGGCGAAUUUUCAGCAACACAUUGGCAACGUAACUCAACUCUUUCAUUCAUCGAAAGCUCAAAACUUCCUGGGUAUUUUAUCGCGAGGUCUUCUGCUACCGAAAGUUGUUGUCAGUGAUUAUGGCGGUGAGCGCUCGGAUGCUGGCAGCUUGGGGACUGGAAUCUACUUUGGUCUAGAUGCUUCAACUAGUGUGAAAUACUCGUCCCCAGGUCUAACUCGAGGAUCACGGUUCUUGUUAAUAUGUGACGUAGCUUUGGGCAGUGUUAAGGUAAUGUGUCUAUUAUAUCUUCACUUUUCGCGCGAAGGGUAAGGUUAGAUCGUCAUUUGGUCGAGAUCAAAGAAAAAAAUAUUUGUGUUCGAACUACGAGUGUCUAUUUCUCGAAUGUGUGAACAGAAGGCGUUGUGCACCCAGCGUUAGUAUAAGAUAGGCUGCGAUACUAUCUACUAUACAUCGAUGUUAUGGUUUGGUAAUUCUUCCGUUUCCAUAAAUGUUUUUAUGGUUUUUAUGGUUUGACUCCCUUCCUGAAAUCGUCGUCUCUAAUAAGCCUCCUGUGAUAAUUAUAUACUAGAAGCCCCCUCUCUAAUAACUGCCUUCUCUAAUAACCCUCCUCUCUAAUAAACCUCCUUCUGUAAUAAACCUCGUCUCUAAUUAUAUCCCUCUCUCCAAUACGCCACUUCACUUAUUGCAGGAGAAAAAAAAGACAGCACCGUCCGUGAUUCAAACUAGGAUAUAUAUGUUUAUAGAUUAGAUUUCUUGAUUUUCCUUGAAAUUUGCGUAUCUUGAUGGUGGAUGUGUAUAUGUUAAUUUGAAAAUCUCUAAUUGUUUUCAGGAUUUCACGGAAUUUGCACGUGACCUUGAGAGUGCACCUGAAGGUUACCAAAGUUGCCACGGUGUUAAAAACAAGCCCGAGGUUUACCCAACACAUUUUCAACAAGAUGAAUAUGUUAUUUAUUCCAUCAAUCAACAGAGGAUUACGUAUUUGGUCGAAUUCAGUUUACCCGGAGAUGAUGUCAUGGUUGGUGUUCCUGAUAAUAUCACUGGAAGUGAUGGGUAA